AUGGAUGAUGCGGAUCAGUAUUUGUUGUCUUGGAACGGGGAGACCUCUGGGGUUGAUGCAGCAAGUCUGGCGCUGCAGCAGCAGCAGCAGCAACAGCAGCAGCAGCUGCUGCUGCAGCAGCAGCAAGAACAGCUGCUGGGGAGGACGCAUCUAACAACCCGCAGCAACAGCAGGAGAGGCCUCAGGCAGCGAACGAGGAGCAGCAUGUUUGCUGCUGGUGCUGUUCCUGCUGCAGCAGCUGGGGGCUUUGCUCAGCUGCAGACAGACGCAGCAGCAGCAGCAGCAGCAGCAGCAACAGCAGCGUCGGCAGCAGCAGCUGCUGCUGCUGCAUCCGAAGCCUCGGAUGCAGCAGCCAUCAGCAGCAGCAACAACAGCAGCAGCAGCAGCAGCAGCAACUCUAACCUGCGCCCGAGUACGCGGCUGACACGCUCUGCUUCUCGCUUUGCUGCUCGUGCUCCCAAGAGGGGUGUGCUGCCUGCAGCAGCAGCAGCAGCAGCAGCAGCAGCAGCAACCGCCCCUGUGGGGCUGUCCCCGCUGCUGCAAGGAACGCAGGCUCAACAGCAGCAGCAGCAGCAGUUGCUGCUGCUGCAACUCAGCAGCAGCAGCAAGCAACAAAGGCUGCGCUGCAGCAGCUGGGACUCACACCGAGCCAUAGAAGUGCCGGCACAGCAGCAGCAGCAACACAGGCAGCAGAAAACACGCAGCUUCAGGGGCCUAUCUCAAUAG